AUGGCUUUCGUAAUGCGCCAACCUUUCAAGCUCAGCACCACUCUCGUGGUAGCUUCCAAGACAGCCUUCAAAUCCGCCCCCGUCCGGUCAUUUCAUAGCUCCAGACCUGCGGCGAACUUCUUUACAUCACGAACGACAGCACCUACAAGCACGCUGGUAAAAGCUCGAAAUGCCUUCCGACAAUCGCGAACAUAUCAACAGCCUGCUGCUACUGUACCGAAUGGGGGAAACCUGAUGCAGAAGCUGUUGGUAGGAGGCGCCCUCUUUGGUGGAACUUUCAUCGCCAUUCAGUUGAUCUUCAACAGGGAAACGCGAGAAGAUGGAGGAAUGCCACCUUACGAGAGAGCGUAUCUCAAUGAUACCUUUAUGCAUACUGGCUUGGGUGUUGGUAUUAUUGGUCUGUCCGCGAGAGCUAUGUUUCAAAGCGGAUUCAUGUAUCGAAUGAUGGCAACAAACCCAUGGGUGGUUAUGAUCGGUGGCCUUGGUCUCAGUAUCGGAACAAUGAUGGGUACAAGAGCUGUCAGUCCAGACAACUAUAUCCCUAAGUACGGUCUCUGGACAGCUUUCAAUGUUACGCAAGGAGCUCUUCUCGCCCCUCUUCUCUUCAUGGCCCCUCCGGCUCUCAUCGCUCGCGCCGGUCUUUACACAAUCGCAAUGAUGGGCUCAAUCUCGUUUGUUGGAGCCACUGCUAAGCAAGAGAAGUACCUCUACCUUGGUGGGCCACUUCUCGCUGGUGUGGCUCUUGUCGCCGUUUCCGGAUUUGCCCCUCUCAUCCUCCCUGCCACCGCUGUCCGAACACUGGCCUUUACUGAGAACAUCUGGCUAUACGGAGGAUUGGCUGUCUUUGGUGGCUUCACACUCUAUGAUGUGCAAAAGGUCCUUCAUCACGCUAGAUUGGCCGAGCGAGGUUUGAUUCGCAAGGAUGCAGUCAACGAGAGCAUCAGCUUGGAGUUGGACUUCCUCAACAUCUUCAUCCGAAUGGUUCAGAUCCUGAUGAUGCAACAAGGUCGGAGGAAGUAG